AUGAGUAAAAAAGAUUUUCCCCAAGGCAUACUCAUGCAACCAGAUUUCCACCCUGCGAACUGGAAAAGGCCAUCUGUAAGCGAAGAGGGCUUUCCCUCAAGCCUGCGUGACUCCCAAGAGUCUGAUUCCGAAAGCCUUGUUCAGGAGAGAUGGUAUCAGUUAGAACUCCAGCAGCGAAUUCAUGAAAAUGAAGAGCUGGUAGAACUGUAUUCUGAUGAGUUGGAGAAUGACAGCUUAGAAGAAGAUAGCUUGGAGGAGAUGAGUUUAAAAGAACAAGAAGGAGCUGCGUAUGACACAAAUCGAUAUACGAAUGGAAUACAGAAGAAUGAUGGAAGGAAAGAACAGUCUGUGGACAAAUAUUUCAGCCUAAGAUACAAUCCUAAUUGGAAGAACACAGAAGAGGUAGCAGAAUUUUCGGUGGCAGAAAAAGCAUCUCAAAUUGCUGGAGGAAGCAGCGUGGACUUUUCACAAGAUUCAUUUUACCUCCAUUCCAAUGGCUCCCCAGAAGAAAAGAAUCAACAGAAGGCAGAGUCACAAGAUUCGUUCUCAGAGUUUGGUACAGAAUUACUAAACUUUCAUGAACCAAGUGCAGUGAUCAGCAAUGAACUUUUUAGGCUGUGUAUCAAAGGGAAGGAAUCUUCAGAUGGCUGUCAUUUCAAAGAUAGUCCCAGUACAUGCAGCAGUGCUUUUUCUCUUCAGAUUCAAGAAGAUCAACCACAAAGAGCAAAAAAAGACUUUGUGGAAAAAAAUAAACGGACUCUAGGAUUACGUUCAGAGAAGAUAAAUUCCUAUCUUCAAUUACACAAUAAAAAGCAAGAAGUUCUUCAAGAGCAGGUUACAGAUCCUAAAACUGUUGAUGAGGAACCAGUACAGAGUGUCCUGCUGCUCCAGACUGUGAAAAUGGAGCCUGAAGACAAAUGGUACCUGAAAGCACAGCAGCUCAAGGAUCACCAAAAUAAGUCCUCCCAGAGAAAUAAAAUAAAAUCCAACCAGAGUCUCAAAAGGAGAGCUUUCCCAAGGAAUGACAGCCAACAACCACCAGGAAGACCAGCAGAACCAAAGGCUGGGCACCACAGGCACCACGAAAUAUCAAAAUUUCAGACUGCUCCCAUACAGGCAGUGGAGCAAGACAACAGCAGCGCAGAAAUGCAGAAAUGGCUGCAUCCGGGUCCUUCAGUUUGCCCUGACACUAAUACAGCAGCAAAUUCAGAUACUUGCUUAAAUAAUUUCCCAAAUUCAAGACAUUUUUCAUAUGCCAGCAAGGAGAACAAGAAAUAUCAGCAUGAUUCUCCAAAUGGACUUCCACGCGACCAGCAACGUUUAUACAACCAUGUCACCACGCAGCUUUUUGCAAGAGAAAACAGUACCAAUGGUCAAGCACAUCUAAAUCAGAGGAACAGUUCAUCCGCUUUUAAUGCCAAUUUUCAAGAAUUGGUGAAGGAUCAAGUAUCACUUCAGGAUUGCAAAAGACACAUUUAUGCAGAUAAAAGUUAUCAGAACUCUGCUAUCAGUAGUUUAUGGCCUUCUCGUUCUUCUGUUCACAGUUCACCAACAGCCCCUUGUACAACCUUCCAAUUUACACAAACGAUGGAGCGACAUCACCAAGAAAUCACUCGUUUGACAGAAGCUCAUUUAGCUGACAGCCAUGUGUUCAGCCUACUCCCACCUAUAAUCCCACAGGUACAAAGUGGUUCAGAGGUAGAUCCAGAGAGCAGUGAAGGAAAUCAAGUGAAAAUAAGUCGCAGCAACUCAGAAGGAUAUCUCAUGCAAAUGGAAAAGCAAAAACAGUCUAAAGUCAGCAAGAAGUCACAUAGCUCAAAAGCCUACAUAAAUCUGAAUGUGAAGCUUGGAGGCCUUGGACCUGACUAUGAAGCAAUCAAAGAGAAAAAAGAGAAGUUAAAGCAACAAAAGGAAUAUGCAAAGCAAAUUCAGGAACACAAUAUGAAAAGCAUUGCUUCGGUUCAGAGGUCACCUACAAAACCCCAGGUCUUAUCUUCAGUGUCAAGACAGAAGGCACUGGAAUACGCUAAGAAGAUUCCUAGACCAAAGACUUUCACGGCAAGACAAUCAGGCGAAGAGGUGAAAGAGGAAAGAGUUCUGCCACAGACUUUAAAUGGAGACAGUUUACCUCAAAUCGCAUCCUUGGAAACUUUGCAAAAUAGACACGAGAAGGAGAAGCAAGUUGUAGCGGCUUUCAGAACCCUUCAUAUCUUAUAA